AUGGGACCCCCCAGCAGCCGCCCGGCAGCCUGUCCACACCUGGGAUUCCCUCCGCGCCCCCUCUCCCGGCAUCGUAGGCACCCCUGGGGUCACGCCUUGUGCUCGGGCACCUGCUGGCUGCUCUGCACGCGGCAGGAGGUGCUGCCCACCGCCAGCCAGUCGGUGCAGACGUGCUGCCUUCUCUGCCACCGGGAGCGCAAGGACUGGGGUGGCCCGUCCCACAAUGGGCUGGUGUCCCCGGGCGAGCGGCUGCCCCCAGAUUUCGUGCCAGCCCUGGUGCAGAACCUGCUGGGGGAGAUGCCGCUGUGGAUCUGCCAGAGCUGCCGCAAGAGCGUGGAGGAAGAGGAGCGGCGGGCGGUGCAGGAGCAGGCACUGGCGGUCUCCUUGUCACGCACGUCCUGCAAGGCACAGUCCUGCGGUGGUGGCUCCCACUCCUCGUCCUCGUCCUCAUCGUCAUCGUCCUCGUGCCACGGGAACUCGGGGGACUGGGACCCCAGCUCCUUCUUGUCCGCCCACAAGCUCUCGGGCCUCUGGAACUCCCCACACGCCAAUGGAGCUGCGCAGGGCAGCCCUGCGGGGCCCCCCACCGUGCUAGGUGAGAAGCACACGGGCCUGGCCCUGUCUGCAGAGUGCGUUAGCCAGGCCCCCACAGUGGCACCAGGGCUCAAGGCCUGUCCCUACAGCCAUGCGGUCUCCCCAGCCCCCGGCGGUGCUGCCCCAGGCACGCCUCUGCCUACCUCACUCGACUUCUGCAAGGCGCUGCCCAAACAGUUCAAGAGCAUGUGCCGGAGACCCACCCCACCAGGCGAAGCCUUCCAUGCCCCAGAGCACCACCGGCACUCGGACCUCACCGCUCCACCCAACAGCCCCACCGGCCUCCCCACCCAGCCCCCCGCUCUGGCGCCUGCCAAGCAGCCGCCUGCCCACCCAGGCCCCUUCGGCCCUCUGCCGCACGUCCCCCUGGGCACUGCCCCACCAGCACCGCCCUUCCCCGUGCCUGCCCCCAAGCCAGUGGCCGAGCCAGCCUCUGCGGGCCCCGUUGUGCACGGCCAGGGGUCCUACAAGAGCCCGCACCUGCCCCCCGCCAACGUGCCACUUCUGAAAAUGCCACCACCGCUCUCCGGCUGCUCCCACCCCUGCAACGGACACUGCAGCGGUGCCCUGAUCCCGCCAGCCACCCCCCACCCACUGCCCAGCGCCAACAGGGACUCCUCGUGCAAAGGGCACAAGUUCACAAAUGGUGCCGGGUGCCACCCGCCCCAGUCGUGUGAGGCAGACGAGGGCCUGGGCGAGGACGAGGACAGCAGCUCCGAACGCAGCUCCUGCACCUCAUCUUCCACCACCCAGAAGGACGGGAAGUUCUGCGACUGCUGCUACUGCGAGUUCUUCGGCCACAAUGCGCCCCCAGCAGCCCCAACGAGCCGGAACUACGCAGAGAUCCGGGAGAAGCUGCGCUCCCGCCUCACCAAGCGCAAGGAGGAGCUGCCGCAGAAGCUGGGCCCGGGCAGUGGUGCGGGGGAGCCGGCCGUGGACCACCGUGAUGUGGACGAGCUCCUGGACUACAUCAACAGCACGGAGCCCAAGCCCCUGAACAGUGCCAAGGCCGCCAAGCGGGCACGGCACAAGCAGAAGAAGAAGGAGAAGGAGAAGGCGCAGCUGGAGGCGGAGGCACAGAAGCGGGUGGAGCGCAGGCCCCUGGCUGGGCCGGAGGAUGAGCUGCUGGAGUGGCCAGAGCUGGAGCUGGAGAGGGUGAACAGCUUCCUGAGCAGCCGGCUGCAGGAGAUCAAGGACUCCAUCCGCGCCAGCUUCAGCGUCUACGACCUCAACCUGGACGUGGAUGACUUUCCCAAGAAGGCGGCUGUGCUGGAGCAGAAGGGCCUGCUUGCCCACCUCAACGGCUCUGCCGACCCACCCGACAUCGGCCUCGACCUGGCACCGCUCAGCCUGGGCCCUGUGCUGGGUCACGAGCCAGGCCCCCGGUGGGGCGAGCACCCGGGUGAGGCCACUGAGAAUGGCGUGGUGCGGCGCCUGAGUGCUGUGCCCAGCCUGUCCCGCAUGAUCUGGGUCCAGUCCCCCAAGGCGAUGGACUCUGGCCAGGAGAGCAGCGGGUCUGGCCCAGAGCCCAAGGGGCCAGAGCCACUGGAGCCAGCACCUGCUGGGGGCAAGCAGAGGAAAAGCAAGCGGCAGAGCGGCCUGGGGAGGAAGGGGGAUGGUACGGCAGUACUGGGGGGCCCAGCCCAGCUGGACAGCCCUGGCACGAAGGGGCAGGUGCUGGGAGCCAAGCACCCUUCGAAACCCAGCACCGUCUCUGAGCUCCUGUGGGGCGGCAGCGUGGAGCCAGGCGAGGUCGGCAAGGGGCAGGGCUGGGGCUGUGGCGGCCCCCGGCCCGAGGAGCGGACCAGUGAGCGGAAAGGCCGGAGGGGUGAGGGCAGGGCCGAGCAGUCAGAGCCCAUGCAGCUGCCCCCUGCGAUCGCUGGGGACCGGCAGACCGCCCAGCCCCCUGCCCUGGCCAGCUCCCCCCAGCCCAAGGGCAAGAGCCGGAAGAGCAGGAACAAGGCAGACAAGGCCAACCCGUCCAUCGAUGAUGUGUUUCUGCCCAAGGAUGUGGAUGGGGUGGAGAUGGACGAGACAGACCGAGAAGUGGAGUAUUUCAAGAGGUUCUGUCUGGACUCGGCGAAGCAAACCCGGCAGAAGGUGGCUGUGAACUGGACCAACUUCACCCUGAAGAAAACCACUUCGAGUGCUGCUCAGUGAGGUGCGGGGGCCCCGGCCGCCCCCGCCGCCCACAGACACUCGCCUCACUGUGCCCCCACCUCCUCCUGGGCUUACCUGUCACACGAAUGUGGAGCCCCCAACCCGGGAAUGCCAGGACUGCAUCCCCCCAGCCUGGCACAGCCCCGGGUCCCCAUCCUUGGCCAUAGGCAGCUGCCCCCCGCCCCGCCCUGACCUGACCUGACCUGACCCAGCCCAUAAGGGUACUGCCUCCUCCUGGCGCUCUGCAGUGCCCUGCUGGGAGCUCGCCGGCCUGGCGCUGCCCCGCACCCUGCGGGGAAGGACCAUGCUGGAUCCAAUAAAGAACUUUUUAAUUUUU